AUGAAAAAUUAUAAAAUUAUAACAUUAUUAUUAAUUAUUUCAAUAUUAUUUAAUAUUAUUAGGUCAAAUAAAAUUUCUUUAAAAGAUAGUGAUAGCGGAAGUAACGGUAAUCAAGAUAUUCAAAUUUUAAUAAAUGAUAUUUUAAAUAAUUGUUCAUCAAGUGAAAGUAGUUCAUGCUUUGGUACACAAUGGGGUGUUGUAGCAGAUAUUUAUACACCAAGUAAUGGAGAAUUUACAAAUAUUUUCAGUUUAAAUGAAUUACAAGCAUUUACACCAGCAAGUAAUACAAAAUUAUUUACAACAAUUAGUAUUUUCUAUACAUUUGGUGAAGAUUUCAAAGUUUUUACACCAUUUUUUACAGAUAAACCAUUUAAUAGUGUUAGUGGUGGUAGUAGUAAUAGUGAAUUAGAUUUCAUUUGUGUCAAAGGUAUGGGUGAUCCAUCAAUGUCAAUUGAUAAUUUAAUUGAAGCAGCAAAAUUCUUUUCAUCAAAUCCAACAAUGAAAAAAGUUAAUAAAUUAUUAUUGGAUACUAGCUUCUAUAAUAUUGGUAAUGGAGUUGAUGGUAAUAUUCCAAGUGCUUGGGAAUGGGAAGAUUUAACUUCAACCUAUGGUUCAAUUCCAACACCAUUAAUUAUCAAUGAAAACACAAUGGAUAUUUAUAUCACACCUUCCAAUGUCAUUGGUGGUAAACCAACUGCAUCAUUUAAAUAUUCUGGUGAAGAUAAAUAUUUACCAGUUAUAAUAUUAGCAACCACCACCACCACAAGUAAUAGUUCAACAUCAACAUUAAACUAUUCAUUUAAAAUGUCAAGUCAAUCAAUUUAUAUUACAGGUAAUUGUGAUAUUAAUGGUGGAAUUCAAAUUAUUACAGUACCAAUUUUAGAUCCUGAGCAAUACUUUUUAACAGUAUUCUCAGCAUUGUUGGAAGAUGGUGGCGUUGAAAUUAGUCAAACAGCUAUUGGUAGUUGUAAUUACACUGGUAUGGAUUAUAAAUCAUUUGAAGUGAUUUCACCCGAAUUAUCAGAAAUGUUAAAUUAUACAUUAUUAACAUCAAAUAAUUUAUAUGCUGAAACUUUUCUCAGACAAAUGGGCACUUUUAAUUCAGCAGCUUCUGAAUCAACACCAACUUAUCAAGCUGGUUUAGAAUAUAUUCAACAAACAUUAUCAAUUCCAACAUCAUUAUAUACUCAAGUGGAUGGUUCUGGUUUAAGUAGAAAUAAUUUCAUUACACCAAAAUCAUUAAUAACAGUUAUUGAAAAUGUUUAUACAAAUGUUGGUGAUCCACAACAUGACUAUAUCUCAUAUUUACCCGUUGCAUCAUUAUCAGGUACCCUAUCGAAACGUUUCAUUAAUACACCCGCCAGUGGUAUAGUCCAUGCAAAAACUGGUUCAAUGACUGGUGUUAAUUCUCUAACUGGUGUCAUUUUACCAAAUGGUCUUUCUGAUGAUCAACAAAAUUCAAUAUUCUUUUCAAUAAUUGCAAAUAAUAGUCCUGCUCAAAAUACUGAUAUAAUUGAUAUAAUUGACCAAAUUGUAAUUUUAUUAACUAAAUUUAUUUUAUCAUCUUAA